AUGUCGAUUGAGGAAGCCAAUGCAUUCUACACUUCCAACCCCAAAAGGCCAUAUGACCCCCACUCUAACACAUAUAAUGAAGGUUGGAAUAAUCACCCAAAUUUUUCCUACAAGAAUACCCAAGCCCAACAAAAUCCACCUCCACCACCACCUCGAAACAACAACUACAAUGCACCACCUGGUUUCCAACCAAGGCCACCUCCAGUCCAACAACAUAUUCAACCACCUCCUCAAAAGUCUAACCUUGAACUAAUGUUGGAAAAUUUUAUCACCACAACCAACGAUUCCAUCCAACAACAAAAUGGUUCCAUACAACAGUUACAAGCCCAGAGUAAGCUCAUGGAAAAUCAGAUAAGUCAACUAGCUCAUCAAGUUGGCCAAUCUUUAAAGACACCGGGCACUUUUCCGGGUCAGACAGAGCAACCACAAAAGGGGCAUAUGAAUGCAGUAACUUUGAGGAGUGGGAAGCAAUUGGAAGAUCCUCCUAUCAAGGAGCCAUCAAAGGAGGUUGUUGAAGAAGUAAGCGGGCGUGAGAAGGUGAUUGAUAGUUCUAAGAUCGAGGAAGAGCCAAAGAAAGCAACUCCACCACCUCUUGCUCCAUAUGUGCCAAAUGUUCCUUUUCCGCAGAGGUUAGCCCAAGCCAAGUUAGAGAAGAAGUAUGGUAAAUUUCUUGAUAUCCUUAAAAAGCUUCAUAUAAAUAUUCCAUUUUUAGAUGCCAUAUCUGAGAUGCCUUCUUAUGCAAAUUUUUUAAAAGAUAUGCUUUCUAAUAAGAAAAAGUUAGAGGAGAAUACUACAGUUGCUUUGAAUGCAGAGUGCAGUGCUAUUUUGCAUAACACUCUCCCUAAGAAAUUAGGAGAUCCAGGUAGCUAUUCGAUUCCGGUGAAGCUUGGGGACAUUGAGAUUAACAGGGCAUUGUGCGAUCUUGGUGCAAGUGUGAGCCUCAUGCCACUGUCCAUAUGUAAGAAGCUGGAAAUGGGUGAACUCAAACCCACACGCAUAUCCCUGCAACUUGCAGACAGGUCAGUGAAGUUUCCUUUGGGUGUACUUGAGGAUGUACCUCUUCGCGUAGGUAAGUUUUUCAUACCCUGUGAUUUUGUUGUAAUGGAAAUGGAAGAAGAUGUGAAUGUUCCAAUCAUACUUGGUAGACCUUUCUUAGCUACUGUAGGUGCAGUCAUUGACAUGAAGAAAGGUAAGAUUACUUUUGAAGUAGGAGAUGAAAAAUUGGAAUACUCACUUUUGAAUAUUAUGGGUACUCCCUCCAUGGGAGACACUGUUUGUCAGGUUGAUGUACUUGAUGAGUUGCAAGGUGAGAAACUUCCCCUGAAUAAAAAAGACGAUGCCCUUGAACAGGUACUAAUAGGGAAGGAAGAUGGUGAUGGAGAUUGGGAAUCAAGAGAGUAUGUCAAGCUGCUUGAAGAAGCAAGGGCCAACCCGAGCGUGAAUCCAAUCAGAGAAACACUGAGUGUAAUGAGUAUUGGGGAGAGUACUAAGCCUCUCGAGGUAGAGUUGAAACCUCUCCCUUCUAACUUAAAGUAUGCAUAUCUUGGUCCAAAUAAUUCAUACCCUGUCAUUGUUAAUGCUGAACUCAAGGACACAGAACUGGAGCAACUGCUCAAUGUUCUGAAAACAUAUAAAAGUGUUAUUGGGUACACCAUUGAUGACAUCAAGGGUAUCAAUCCUUCUUUCUGUAUGCAUAAAAUCAUUCUUGAAAACGAUCAUGCCUCUUCUUUAGAACCUCAAAGAAGACUUAAUCCAAAUAUGAUGGAGGUAGUGAAAAAAGAGGUUCUGAAAUUGCUUGCUGCAGGAAUAAUCUACCAUAUCUCUGAUAAAAAUUCUAUGGAGGUAUUUAUGGAUGAUUUUUCUGUCUAUGGAACAUCUUUUGAUAUAUGUCUUGAAAAUCUUAAAAAGGGAAUUGUCUUAGGUCAUGUUGUAUCUAAUAAGGGUAUUGAGGUAGAUAAGGCUAAGAUAGAGGUCAUAGAGCGUUUACCCCCUCCGAACUCUGUAAAAGGAGUUCGAAGUUUCCUUGGUCACGCGGCUAAGGAUGUUCCUUUUGUUUUCUCUGAUGCUUGUCUUGAGGCUUUCAACAGGUUGAAAAAAGCUUUGAUCUCUGCUCCUGUCAUGCAACCUCCAGAUUGGAGCCUGCCGUUUGAAAUCAUGUGUAAUGCUAGUGACUAUGCAGUAGGAGCCGUUUUGGGGCAAAGAAAAGAGAAAAAGCUCCAUGCCAUUUACUAUGCUAGCAAAACUCUUAGUUCUGCUCAAAUGAAUUAUGCCACAACUGAGAAAGAGAUGCUUGCUGUAGUUUAUGCAAUUGACAAGUUUCAUUCCUAUUUGGUUGGUUCUAAAGUUAUUAUUCAUACAGAUCAUGCAACACUGAGAUAUUUGAUGACCAAGACCCAUACAAAGCCUAGGUUGAUUCGAUGGAUUCUUCAACUGCAGGAUUAUGACAUAGAGAUCAAGGAUACAAAAGGGACGGAGAAUGUUGUUGCAGAUCAUCUCUCCCGUCUUCUCCUUGACCCCGAGGAUGGGGAUGAAAUCCCUUUUGAUGAUUCUUUCCCUGCUGAACAUCUAUUAGCUUUGUUGCAGACUGAAUCACCUUGGUAUGCUGAUUUGGCUAAUUUCCUUUCCACAGGUAUAAGGCCUCAUGGCUACUCCUCUCAACAAAGGAAGAAAUUCCUCUCUGAGGCAAGGAGACACUUUUGGGAGGAUCCCUUCUUGUACAAAUUGUGCGCAGACGCAGUGAUCAGACGAUGCAUCCCAGAGAGUGAGGUAAGAAGUGUUAUUUCUCAUUGCCAUGACUUACCAUGUGGUGGACAUGCAGGUCCCUCAAAGACAACCGCAAAGAUCUUGCAGUGCGGUUUUUAA